AGGGGGGCAUCGGCUGCGUCCCACUUCAAGCUUGUAUUGAGGUAACAAAGUUUAGAACGGCGGAGAGUGUCAGAACAUCAGAAGAAAAGCUACAAAGAGCUUCGGUGACACAACAUUUGCACCGCUGUCCCAAAUAAGAACAUUUUAACAUACAUAAAUCUGGGACGAUUUGAGACGAAGACGGACCAGGAAUUAUUUGGGACUUUUCUUUAGAGCUUAUAAAGCAUAUUUUCAAAGGGCGGACGGAACUUCCAUCAUCACAAACUUAAUAAUGGCAGACACAGCGACUACACCAGCCCAGAAGGCGAAAAGGGCGAAGACCCUUAAGAAGCCCCCCUCGCAUCCCACAUAUACGGACAUGAUCAUUGCGGCUGUCCGCUCGGACCGCAGUCGCAGAGGUGUGUCCAGACAGUGUAUCCAGAAAUACGUUAAAAGCAAUUAUAAGGUGGGACAAAGUGCCGAUCUACAAACCAAGCUAGCCAUCAAGAGGCUUUUGAAUUCCGGAACCCUGAGCCAAACCAAAGGUUCUGGGAUUUCGGGGUCUUUCAGAGAGACCAAGCUCCAAGAUUCAAAAAAGCCGUCGAAGCCUAAAAGUCCAGACAAGGGCAAGAAGAAAAUCACUAAAGCCGCCAAGACCAAGAAGGUGACAAAAGUAAAGAAGCCUGUCAAGAAGACACCAGUCAAACCUCCGAAACCUAAGGCGGCGGUUAAAUCACCGAAGAAGACAGCGAAGAAGAAAGUAGCAGCCAAGCCUAAGAAAGCAGUGAAGAAAGCCAAGCCCACCAAACAGAAGACGACCAAACCCAAAAAGGCUACAAAAGCCAAACCCAAGGUGGCAAAGAAAUCAGCAAAGAAGUAAAGGAAAACACACUUCAGAGACUUAACUAACCACAAGAGCGAAGCAACUCACUGUAAAUAGACUUUUGCUAUAAAAAAAAAGUUUUCCUAUACAGUAUGUCUGUUAUGUUAUUUUUGUAUCAUUCGUGCAUACCCUACUUUAUCCGACCUUUUUCUAAGUAAUAUCCACUCUGUUGCACUAUAGUUAUGCUGAUCAUGUUAAGAAUACGAGCACGUUUUCCCCUGUGGCUGUAUGUUAUUGGGCUCCUAUUUGAACUUCAGACAAUACCUUGAAAGACCCAAUAAGAAUACUUUAUGACAAAUCUGGAAUUCCAAUUAAUCGAUUGAGUGUGUCAAUAGCUUCUUCCGUGUAAAUUCCUGUUGAAAGUACAGUGGUUUCAAUGGUUUGUAGUUUUAUAAAUGUUUAGAACUGUAUAAGCAGUUAUGUCAGCUAUGUCUGAAAGAGUAACGCACAUAGCCUGCUGUUCCAUUCAGAUUGAAUGAAUGUUGUACAUUUAGAUCACAGUACAGUUCUUUCCCAUUUCAAAUUGAAUCCAGUUUUUAUAAAACAUACAAUGAAUUAAUUAUUUGAAGGUUUAUAUUGAAAUAAAACGUUUUCUCAUCUUAAAA